AAUGCUGCAUCAUGAACAUCAGCUGGAGGCGAUGGAUGGAGGGAUGAAGAACUCCAGAGACGGAGGAUGGAAAUGGAUGAUUGUUGCUGCUUCGUUCGUCACCAUGAUCUGCACUCGCUCUGUCACCAUGAGCAUGUCGAUCUUCUUUGUGGAGUUUCAGACGCAGUUCUCCACAGAUUACUCCACAACAUCAUGGAUUAACUCCCUGCUGAACUUUACCACUAUGUUCUGUGCGCCUCUGGGUAGUUAUGUAGGAAACCGCCUGUCCACUAGAGUGGCGGUGAUAACCGGAGGACUUUUAUCUUCUGCUGGAUUCGUCCUCAGUUCUUUUGCCCCCAGCCUGCAGUUCCUGUACGUAUCUCUGGGAAUUCUCACAGGUUUGGGAUUUGCCCUCAGUUACACACCAGCAGUAGCGAUGGUGGGCACCUAUUUCAAUGAGAGGAAGGCUUUGGCAUACGGAAUUGCCAUGUCUGGAAGAGGUAUUGGAAUGUUCAUCCUUCCUCCUCUGGUUCAGCACCUCAUCGACCUGUACUCCUGGAGGGGGGCUCUUCUUACCUUAGGGGGUCUUGUUUCAAACUUGUGUGUCUGUGGGUCUCUUAUGAGGCCCUUAGUGGGCCAAAGUAUUGGUGAAAAGGAGAAUCUACCCAACUCACAGCUUCUCUGUGAGAUGGUGUCUUCUGAAGGUCCUGGUUUUCCGAUCACGCAGUCGAGAAAAAGGAGAGAACAGGAAUGCUGUCUCUUCCCUCUGUCAUCAGACAAAUACAGCUUCCUCUUUAAGCCUGACUUCCUGUUGCUGUCAGUAGCCUUCCUGUUCCUGGCAUUUGGCUGCAGUGUGCCCUUCGUGUACCUGGUGCCGUAUUCUCUCAGCGUGGACAUCAGCCAUCAUCAGGCCAUCCUGCUCAUGUCCAUCCUAGGGAUUAUGGGAAUUGUGGGUAAUAUCACUUUUGGAUGGAUCUCGGACAGGAAGUGUUUGAGGACAUUUCACGUAGUCACAUUUCUGAUUGCAGUGGGAUUCGAGGGACUCACUUGCCUCUUUGUGCCCUUGUUAAGGACUUUUUCCACACUAGUGUCCUUCUCCAUUUUCUACGGCUUCUUCGACGGGGCCUACUUGACUCUCAUCCCUGUGGUCACCUGUGACAUUGUAGGCUCCGCCCACCUGUCCACAGCUCUGGGUAUGGUUGGCUUUCUGCAUGCCAUUCCAUACCUCAUCAGCCCACCAGUAGCAGGUUGGCUGUUGGAUUGGUCAGGCUCUUACACGUCGCUCUUCCUCCUCAGUGGACUCUCACUCCUCUGUAGCACUUUCAUCUUGGCUGCUCUGGCAUUACUGCGUCACUGCUAUAGGGGGCGCUCUGUCUCGCUGCAAAACCAGCCCCAAGCCUAACGUCACUCACACCACAGCAUCUCUAAAAACACCUUUCCUGGUCCAUCUGUCCAUCCAGAUGAGCGUGUAAUAAUGAAGUUAAAGCCUUAUGAAUAUGUAUUUUAUAUGUGUUCACUAUCAUCGCUAAUUAUCUAGUUAGCAAGUAUGCUAUUAGCUAGGGACAAUAGCACUACAAUAGUGCAAUAGAGUAGCGCAGGGAUGACGUCAUUUCCUUCGCCAAAACCUGGAAACGAGUUAGCAUUGUAGCCUUCCGGUUCCAUCAUACCGAAGUCAGUGUGUUUUUUGAAUGGGAUUUUGGUUAAAAGCCUAAACUAAGGUCUGUGGGGAACACAAGCUCAGAAUAUUUUCGUGUUUUAUUCUACGACAUAAAAUACGCCAGUAAAACCCCGCUCGUGAUUUAUUAAAGCUUUUAGGGGCAUUGAAAAAGGCGGUUGCUAACAAGUUGCUAAGUGGGGCUGUAGACGUUGUCGGGGACAUUAAACGUCAUCACGCCGAGCAGGAAAACAUCAUCCUCACUAGUCCGCGUUUACAGACACGUGUUCCUGCAGUGCGUCACUUUAUCGAUUUCUAGUAUUUUCCGAAUUGUAGUACAAUAAAUUCUAGUAUAACUAAUGAACAGUUUUAAUAGUUAAAAAAACGAUCCAAAUGAGAUGCACGUACCAACGAAUGGAAUUUUCUCAAAAAUAAUGCAUCAUGGGCACAAGUUCGUUUAUCGCGUACGGCUAGCUGUUUAUUUCUGGAGAUUGUAUUUAGGCUUCAGACGUCAUAAAAGUGGUUCAUUUGUGAAGAUUCUCUUGAUGGACAGAUCGUGUUAGUGUUGUAAACUUUUGUUGAUCACAGGGAUUAUUUUUUGCGAUAAUCCAAAAGCCUGUGUGAAAAUCCUACUGGGUUUUUGUCGGGGGAACCGGUGUGAUGCUAACUUCCGGGUUCCGGUACAAAAUGACGUCGCCCCUGCACCUCUCUAUAGUCAUGAGCUUUUAAUGAAGUUCUCCAUCCUAAACCACAUUCUGUGACUCCAUGUUGUUACUGUGACUUGAGAUAACAGUUCUUCUGUCGAUGUAGGUAAAAGUACUAACUUAUUCAGGAUAACUAUUUAUGGUACUAUUAAAGCAGCCAUUUGUAAUUAAUACGUCUGUCACUCAGUGCUCUUAUUUAUGUCUCUAAAACAAUCCUUCUACACGUGUCUCACCCUGUGGAUCAGUGUCAAAGAUCUGUACCUGUGUAAAG